GGCCCUGAUCAGGAAGUGAAUCUGAGGGAAAUAGAAAAACGGUCCCUAGAAUGACAUAGAAGCGGGCGAGGUGAGGGAGACCGAGACACCGGGACUAACGCAGGACUCGACACACAUUUAAUUCAUCCAGGUGCAAAAACCGACGUUAUCUUUGGGAGGCAUAAAGCACCGGAGAAAAUGCUCAUUAAAGAAUUUCGAGUGAUCCUACCGAUUUCUGUGGAGGAGUAUCAAGUCGGGCAGCUAUAUUCGGUAGCGGAGGCCAGUAAGAACGAGACGGGUGGAGGAGAAGGUGUGGAGGUGUUGAAGAACGAACCCUAUGAGAAGGAUGGAGAGAAGGGCCAGUACACACACAAAAUCUACCACCUGCAGAGUAAAGUCCCAUCUUUUGUACGAAUGCUUGCACCAGCGUCAGCACUGAACAUUCACGAGAAAGCUUGGAACGCCUACCCAUACUGCCGCACAGUAAUAACUAACGAGUACAUGAAAGAAAACUUCCUCAUCAAGAUCGAGACAUGGCACAAACCGGACAUGGGACAGCAGGAUAAUGUUCACGGUUUGGACCCAGACACCUGGAAGAAGGUAGAUGUGGUUUACAUAGACAUUGCAGACAGAAGUCAGGUGGAGCCAAAGGACUAUAAACCUGAGGAAGACCCUAGUAAGUAUAAGUCUGUAAAGACUGGAAGAGGGCCGCUCGGUCCAGAUUGGAAGAGAGAGCUACCUAAAAAGACAGACUGCCCACACAUGUGUGCCUACAAACUGGUUACUGUCAAGUUCAAGUGGUGGGGCCUGCAAAACAAAGUGGAAAACUUUAUUCAAAAGCAAGAGAAGCGCUUGUUCACUAACUUCCACCGGCAGCUUUUCUGUUGGAUUGAUAAAUGGAUCGAGCUGAACAUGGACGACAUCCGCAGAAUGGAGGAAGAAACUAGGAAGGAACUGGAUGAGAUGAGAGUGAAGGAUCCGGUGAAAGGAAUGGUGGCUCUUGAAGACUGAGGCUGCUCUGUGUUAUUGGAUGCUGCUGUUCAUAAAGAUCAGACGUGAACUCCAGGAGACCAGCAGCAUCGCUCUCCUCAAUCAAAUCAAAGCAACACGUCUUUUUAAUCAUAAUCAAAGUCCUUCAUCCAGCCCUUUUUUUGUGGCCGUUUGUCCUGAGCAUCCUUCAUAUCCUCCUUUCAGUCUGACAAUGGAGCGCACUGGCGAGUUAAAUAAGCUAUUAUGCUGGUUCAAAAAGUCACGCCCACUUUAUAAAGUCUACCUACUUAAACUAAAACAGGGACGAUCAGCAGUUUGUUGUUUAUGAUGUCAGAUCAACACGUGGAGCUCGACAGACUUGUGUUCAGUGAAAAGCAGAUGAUAUUUGUGUGUAUAUAUAAAUAUAUAUUCAGAAUAUCUAUUGGCAGUGGAGUUAUUGUGACAGGUGUACAAACAGGGUUAAGUGAUUGUUCUUUUUUUUUUGCGGACCAAGUUUCGUUUUAAUCUUGUAGUGAUUUGUUUUUAUUGCUGUACGCUUUCAUUUCAUUCUACCCACUACUUUUUUAACCUAUUAAUCUGCUGAUCCAAGGUGUAAGUGUGUCUAUUCAUAGUGUAAUACUGUACAAUCGCUGUCCUGUAACAGGCAUUGUGGAUUUAUUUUGACCAACAGCUGCUGAGUCACGUUAAAUUGACCGCAAGUACAGUUUUACAUAUAACACAGAGUUUAUAAUAAUCUGCUCAGCAUUGCUACAUUGAACAGUAUCACAUUCUUGGAAUAAGCUUAAAGUAUUGUUGUUUGUUCAUCAAAAGUCAAUAUUAAUGGUUUUCAUUGUCCUCUCUUCCAAAGUCUUCUUGUGUGUGAUAAAUUGCUAUUUUUAUUUAUUUAUUUUUUAUAAAUCGACAGGUGUACAGUUGGUGUAGCUCACCCUCCAUUGGCUGUUUUACGAGAUCAGGCUCCGCCCUCUUAUUUAGCAACUGGCUGACCGUAUUUAAACAACUCGAAGAGGUGACCCUUUAAAUCUUUCAUGAAAGGUUUAUGUAUUAAAGCCUGCUAUUAUUAAAAAAAAGUCUUUUCCUGGUGCUCAAGGAGGAUGUUUUAUGUUACUGUAUGCGCAUAUUCAUAAAUGUAUUCAUUUUCGUUUCACCUCCUUUCCAUUUUCUUGAAGGAUUGAUUAUCUUCCCCUUUUAUAACUUGAGGAUAAAGACACAUUUAUCCAGAUAUUAGCAAUAAUACCUCCUUUCACAAACCCUUCCAGUCAAGACAAAUGAUGUGAGAUAGAGAUUUUAGAAAUAUAUAUAGUCCACCCCCACUCAGAAUGUCGCUUCAUUAGGAUUUAAUACAAAUAUACUCCCACUUCAAGUCAAUCUUAGUUUUAUGGAUAUGGAAUUGGAUAAGGACGGACAAAAUGGGUUGAGUAUGGGUUUUUAAAAUCAGUCUUUUCUUAGUAACGUGACGUGUGUGUGGAUGUAUGUGCGUUUGAAGUUCUUAGUGUUUCUUGUUUUUGCCUGAGGAACAUCCGACAUGUAACUAAGGGUAUGUUUAUAUGACACUAUUUUUAACUAAAAAUGGAAAUAUCUAUAUGUUUUAGCCAUUCGUUUACACAACAACAGUGUUUCUGGGGUCUGAAAAUGCAAAUAUUGGAAAACCACACUGUUGAAAAAAAAUGCAGAUUUGUGACGUCUUGCGCAUAUGCAUUACAUACACGGAUUCUUGACAAUUGAAAAAAAAUAAUGGUUCAUAAUACAACAGAAUAAUAUGCAAGCAGGCUUGAAGUGAUUAUUUGCAUUGCAAUAUUGCCACCUACUGGCCUGGAGUGCAUAACACAGCCUUUUUGUGAAUCCAAGUCAACAUUUUAACAACAUUGGUAUGUUUAGACAAAAAUAGCUUUUAAUUUAUUGUUGUCAUGUAAACAUACCCUAAAACGGAGGUUUACACUGUAGUGUUUCUUUCCGCCAAUGCUCAGGACCCAUGAUGCACACUCUGACAGAGUUCAAUUACUCUCAUAGAAUUGCAUCAAAUUCUGGGAAAGUAAAUGCAGGUUUAAUGGUGUAGAUUGUGUGCAUUAAAAGCAUCAUAAUACAACCAUGGAUACACCAGAACUGUGUUGGUCCUGAGUCCAAUCAACUGAUGUAUGGAUGUAUGCAUUGAAAUGUGUAUAUAGUAUAUAAAUAAAUGUAGAUGAACACAUAAAUAUAAAUAUAUAUAUAUAUAUAAAACUAUAUAAAUAUAGUUCAGACUAUCCUGCCAGGCUAUCAGCACAUACAGCCUUCCAUCAACCCACCCAGAGUAAUUAUGUCUAGCGGUUUAGUAAUUGCUGGGAGUUAUCUGUGGGUUAUCAAUGUCACUUGCUCCUUUUUAAUACUGUAUGUGGUGGUUUAGGAAAUUAAAGCAAGAAUUUAAGUGAUCUGAACUUGGAACUUUCAGAUAACUCCACCCAUUACUUUUGCUGACUCCUCCCUCCUAAUCCCUGGCCUCUCCUCUUUGGCAGGAUGGUGUCUAAAUUUGUUUUCAUUCAUCGAUUGUUGUUGUAUUUUCGCUGUGAGUUGUAGAAAUCUUUCACGUUUAAAUUUCUUUCAAAGCUUACACUGUGAACGAAGCCACGUUCAGGACUUUUCAACUUCAGAAAAAAGCCCUUUUUUGGGUGGGGUUUGGACUUUAUGCCAUUCUUCUCUCAGGAGCUUUGAUGAAAAACUCGUCCUUUGAAUGACAGGUGGCUUAUAAAAGGGAACUAUCCACACGAGCUGAUCAUCAACGGUUUGUGUUUCCAUAAUGUGAGGCAGAUCAUGAUAAACAGGACUUUCUCAUAGAUAUGUUGUUGUUAGAUUUCACAAUUUAUUGUUGAAAUUAAAACCCAAUGAUUCUAGGAAUACAAAAAAAAAAAAAGAUAUAUAUAUAAAAAGUUUCUGUUCACCCCACCCUGUCAUGUCAUCUGUUUUAUUUAUUUUCUUUUACUGUGAAUUUGUGCCUUUUGUCAUCUUAUCUUCCAAUAAAA